GGUUGUGGUUUGGUUGUUAGUGUAGUUUUGAAGCUGUAAAAAGUUGCAUCUAAGGUGAUGGUUUUGAUGUAUUUAAGAUGGUUUGUGUAUGUACGUAAUUAAGAUUGGUGUCAUCUUGGAGAGCACUGUGUUCCGAAGACAGACUACUUUGGUGUCUGGAUAUGCGUUUGUUUUUAUGAUAAUUCAAGGGUUUGUGUCAAAUUUAAUAGGAUUGGGCGGAAAGCUAAUUAUUAAGGAGUAAUGAAUCAUAAACAGAUGUUGUUGAGUCCAAGACCGGUUUUUCGUCAGGCUUAUCCUUUCAUUUAUAUUCAGAUAUGCAUACAUAUAGUCAACAUUUGCUUGAAGGAUUAAAUACGUAGCCUGCUGAUGGCACCUCCAAAUGUUAAGAUCAAACAUAUAACCAGGAGUCCAUCAAGCUCUGGGGACACCAGAUUUCCUAAAUUAGAUGAAUGCGCACAUUUCCAUUAUGAAAAUGUUGAACUUGGACCAAUUAAAGUUCUUUUAUGUGAUAAACAAAUAGAUUCCAGCAAGUCCUCUGUAGUAUGCAGUUCCUCAGCCAAUAAAGAAAAUGAAAAUGAUCAUUUAUGUUUCCUCGUUACCGUAAUUAGCAACAGCAGAAAAUGGAUGGUCAGACGAAGCUACAAAAAUUUUAUGUUCUUAGACACUCAACUGCAUCGCUGUGUUUAUGACAGAAAAUAUAGUUUGCUUCGGGAGUUGCCUAAUUUUUCUCAAGAAGACUCUGAAAGGGAAGAUUUUGAGGAACAAAUUAGGACUUUGCUGUCAGAAUAUUUAGAGCGCUUUUCGCAGCUUGCUGGCAGUUUAAUAAAUUGCGGUCCAGUUUUAAAUUGGUUUGAGCUUGACAACCGGGGAAACCGAUUGAUUGUUACAGAUGAGGUUGCUAUCAAUACGCCAGCUGUUGCAGCUGCAUAUGUUGUUGUGCCUUAUUCAGCCCAAGCAACUGAUGAAAUUUCAUUUGAUGUGGGUGACAUGAUUUCUGUGAUUGAUAUGCCUCCUCCUGAGGAAUCGUCCUGGUGGAGAGGGAAAAAAGGUUUUGAAGUUGGAUUUUUCCCAUCAGAAUGUGUUGAAGUUAUUGGUGACAAAGUGCCACAUUCUUUUAAGUUAUCAAAUACAUCAACAAAGCCUGUAUUUCGCAGGCAUGGGAAGUUGAUAGCAUUUUUUCGAUCUUUCCUCCUUUCUCGCCCUUCUCGUAGAAAGUUGAAACAGAGUGGGAUAUUGAAAGAAAGAGUUUUUGGUUGUGAUUUAGGAGAACACUUAUUAAACACAGGACGGGAAAUUCCCAUGGUGUUGAAAUGUUGUGCUGAAUUCAUUGAAGAGCAUGGUAUUGUGGAUGGAAUAUAUCGGCUAUCAGGUGUUAGUUCUAAUAUCCAGAGGCUAAGGCUUGCUUUUGAUGAAGACCGGCCCAUUAAUUUGGGAGACCCAGCCACUGUGCAUGAUAUACACUCAGUAGCAUCUCUUUUAAAAAUGUAUUUUAGAGAAUUGCCUAAUCCUCUUUUAACAUAUCAAUUGUAUGAUAAAUUUGUGAGUGCUGUUCAAUCAAGUGAAGAUGUAAGACUGUUGAGAGUGCGAGACGUAGUACAGCAAUUACCCCCACCACAUUUCAGAACUCUGCAGUAUUUAUUAAAUCACUUGGCAAGAAUUGCAUCUCAUGGUGAAGAUACGGGAAUGACACCAAAAAAUAUUGCCAUUGUAUGGGCUCCUAAUCUUCUUAGAUCUCGAGAUGUGGAAAAUGGAGGAGUUGGUGCCCUUCAUGUUGUAGGAGUGCAAGCAGUCUUGACAGAAUAUUUGAUACGAUUUGCAGAUCUGAUAUUCGAUGAAAAAAUACCAUUAUUACCCUCUGAUCAAGAAGGUUUAAUGCUAAGGACUAGACCAAAAUCAUUAGCCAUUUCUACUCCCACAAAACUGUUGACUUUGGAAGAGGCUCGAGCUCGAGCACUUUCUACUCAUCUACCUCUCACACAGCAAAAAUAUAUUGAAGUUGGAGGAGGUCCUGAUAAACUGCCUUCAAAAUAUCACACAGUUAUAGAAUUACCAUCUGGAAAACAUGGCUUACCCAAGUUAAAGAAGUCUCCUUCUGGUUGGAAGUCUUUUUUCUCCAGAGGCUGGUACUCUGGAAGUGCCCGUGACAAAAGUCGUACUGCAUUUAGGACCUCAAGAAAGGCUAGUACUGGUUCUUUACCACAUCCCUCUGGUUACAUGCAGGAAAAAUCGUCCGAUUCAGAACCAGACGCUCCCUUUACGCACAGGAAAAAGUUACGAACAGUCAAAAGUGCUGAAUCUCUUGUUCACUGUGUCAAAGAAUCUCCUCAAAGUACAAAUCAAGAUGACAUGUCUGGUGGUAGCAGUCACAAGUCAUCUCCUCAAGUAUCUGUAGAUUCUUCAAAUUCAUUGGAAGUAUCUUUGCCAUCAUCGAAGUCCCCAGGUCUGCAAAAGCAUACUCGCUCCAGCUCUCAUGAAUCUUACUUUGAAAAUAAUGGUAUGGAUAUAAUCUCAGAUCCAUCCUUUGAAGAAGAUGAACAUGGACUAUUGUAUUAUGUUAGUGAACAAAUGCGAAUGCUUCAGGAUUCAGAGGCAUGGGAUACUGGGGAGUCGAAAUACAGGAAAGAUCUGGAGUGCAGUAAAUCAGCUGAAACGAAUAACUUGUGUGAAAUGGAAUCUGAAAAAUCUUGUGAUUCAGAGAAAAAUGUUCGUAAGCAGAAACUUUCUGCUGGGGAUGAUUUUGCUCAAGCUAAAUUUCAGAAACUUAGUGAGAUGGACUUUGAAUGUGCUUCAAGUCCAUCGUCUGCCAUUUUCAAAACUUUUGAUUCUGCUAGUGAUGAUGCCUGUUGUCACAUGGAUUGCAGUCACAGAACUUUAAUCUUAGAUAAGUCUCAAACUGUAGACAACUUUCAUGAAGCAGAUGAUGAAAGUUGUCAAGACAGACUUUCUCCUGCUGAUGAUGUAUUAACUCUUGAUCCUAUAACUUUAUAUGAUGCCAUUCUUAAUAAGCGCACUUCCCCUGUAUCAUUGCCAGAUGCUGAGAAUGAUCCAAGUAGUCGAACAGUAGUAGAACGAUAUGGCAAUGCAGAAACUGUGUUAGUUGAAGUCCAUGCAACACAAGAUAGUUCAGAAGAAGAAGAACAUUCUCUAACUGAUUCCUGUAACACAAAUGAGAAUAAAGAAGAGUCUUUUGAAUCUCUACCUGAUGCAAUACAAACUGAUAAUACCUAUAAUACAGAAUGUAAUGAAUCUAAACUUCAAAUAGCUGAACUUCCUUCUUCUAGUACCGAAUCUGUAAAAUCAAGUGGCUCACCAGAUAUUUUCCCAUCUGUUUUCAAUAUACAUUCAGAUCCAGUAACAGAGCAAAGCAAUGUUAGUUACUCAAGCUCAUUACCUAAGGCAGAUGAUGCUGAUGUUAGUGAAAAUGUUUUAAGUUCUGCUGCUGCUGUUACUUCUGAUAUUAAAUUAUCUGAAAAAAUAUUGUGUGAUCAACAGAGUAGGAAUCUGCCUUGUGCAAUUGAAACUUCCAGUAAAAUUGAUUUAAUGGAUGAAGAUGUAUUAAAAGAUGUAAAAGUAAGAGAAAAACAGCACGAUUCAAACUUGGAGGAUCCCUCAUCACGGAAGAAAGUUUUAAAUUUGAAAUUAGAUAGUUGUACCAAAAAAGGCUAUACAUUUGAUAGAUCAGAAGAAUUGGAUGGAUAUCAUUCUUUCAGUAUUAAUACCCCACCAUCCCCAGUUUAUCCCCCUAAGAGCUUAAAAUCACAUGAAUUUCAAUCUUUAAGGACUAAAAUGGAAACUAUUCCUUUACAUAAAAAGAAACAGAUACUUAAUAUUCCUUCUCCGUCAUCCCCUGUUGAGGAAGUUCGAAAGAAAUUUGAACUUCAUGCUUCAAAUCCACGAAAAACAGAUAUAAAAACUCGAUCUAAUGUUAGAGAUUUAGCUUCAAAACACCAGAAAGCUUUUGAAAUGACUGAACCUGAGGAAUGUGAAAAAAGAAAAUCUGAAACUGUAAGGACAGUCAAAUGUGAUACUGUGUUAAAUAAACGUCACUCAGAGCCACCUCCAAAAACUGUGGAGAGUAAUUUAUCAGAUACUAAUAAAAGAAUGUCAAGUAAAUUUGAAGAAACUUCAAUUAAGGCACCUGUGAAUGUUGAAAAACAAAGUAACAAGUCAAAAGUUUCACAGCCAAGCCUUUUUACGCAGCUAAAAAUUCGAAAACUUCAGUCAUUACAAGCAGAGGCAAAUGUUCCUCCUCCUGCGCCUGUUGACCCAUGGUCUGAUCCUAUAUUAGAUAUGCAAGAAGAAUAUCAUCCUAUCAUUUCAUACUUACCAACAUCUACCUUUAAUUCUGAAAUGAAUGAAUUGCAAGAAAAUGAGCAAAGUAAGAGUGACUCUGAUGAAGUUAUUCAAGAUCAUGAUGAUUUUGAAAUUGAUAACAAUAUUAUAUCAGAUGACACAGAUAGAAAUGAUAGGUCUGAGCUAUCAAAAGAAAAAGAAGGAGAUAUUAGUGUUGCUAAAACUGAGCAAGAUACAUCAUCGUUUAUACAAAGUGAAUGUCUUGAAAGUGACAUAAGUAAUGAAUUUGAAAACCAGCAGCUGUGUUGUAAAUUAAAUGAAGCUGGUGUUGAAAGUGAAGCUGUUAAGAGAGAAAGGAUAAAUCGUAUUAAAGAAGAAAGAAGAGCCCAGCUUCGUGAAAAAUUAAAACAAGAGAGUUUUCGCCUGGAAGCUGAAGAAAAGGAAAAGGUUCAAACUAAAUUCCGUUUACGAAAAGACUGUCUGAGGUAUAGUGCUUCAGUUGAAAAUCAGGAAAAAACUCAUAAAACUGUGAAAAAAAGUGAUAAAGCUGUUGAAACUGAUACUGCAGAUAUAACUGAGACAGGCACAAAUUGUAAUCUUAAUACAUCUGCUGAUACUUCUAAAAAUUCUGCAUGUUUAGUUGAUAGUAAAAAUGAGCUAGAUAAAUCUACUGAAAGAAAUAGUGAGUUAGAUUCAUCAGCAUUGUCUGCCAGGCAACAAAAGACUUCACCUAAAAGAAUUUCUUCAGAUGAUUACAUAUUAUUGCAUAAUAAAUCAAAUGCAGAAAAAAAGUCUGGUCGUUCAUAUGAAGACACACGGAAGUGGCUGUCUAUGCCACCAACGGACAUAAGGGACAAGGUUGCAAUGUUUGAGCGUUCCAAAGACACAAAGGAAUUAUGCAGGUUGGGACCAAAUGGUAAAUUUCCACAGAAACAAAGCACUUCAACAUUAGCCUCAUCAUUUGUGAGAUAAAUUUUGGGCAUAGUUUGAUAUUAAUUCUUCAAAGCUAGUAGCUUGGUGAUGAUAGUGCUAUAUAUGGUAUACCAUAUACUUGAUCUCAACAGUAUUUGUGUGAAAGCAUGCUACUGGCAAUAUAUCUUUGUAAAUAUUGCUAAUUGAAGUCAAAAAAAGAAGACCAUUUUAACUUUAUUUCUGUCUUUUUGUAUUAUGUAUUAUAUUUUGGGAUAAUGUGGAGUACUAUUGCCAGUAAACAGUCACAAGCUGCAAUCUGCUUUUCAACUGAAAAGCUAUUCAUUUGCAAGAAAAGAUAAUAAGUUACUCUUAGUUCAGUUUGUGUUAUGUAUUUAUACGAGUAUAGAAGUAAAAAAUAUGCAUAUACGCAAACAGAUGCAUCCUUCUCCCCCCCCCUAAAAAAAACUAAAAAUGUACAGAUAUAUAUCUGAAAAGAGUUACUGUUGAUUCAAUAAAAAAAGUACUUUCGUAUUAAAAUGUUAAUUAAUUGACAAAAAUUUAUAAUAGUAUUUAUUAUAUUUUACUGUUGAGAUUAUGGUAUAUUGGAAUGCUAUUUAUAGAAUUAUCUUUUUCUUGCUACCUCAUCAUUUUCAUUGUAUUCAUCAUUUUUAUUUGUAUAUAUACUUUUGAUAUGUUGAAAAUAUAUUUUAUUUAGAGAUAUUAAAAACCACUAUCAUGCUUGGCUUGAAAAUAAGGUUUUUCUUCCAAAUCAUUCCGGUGUGAUAAGUGGUUAUGAAUAUCACUGUGAUAACAUCUAAAAUGUUUAUUAAUGCCAUGUACUGUAGUAUACUUUCUGACCUUUUCUUCUCACCUUUGUGCCUAUUUGUGAGCUAUGCAAGUUUUUUAAAGUCAUUUUUUAUGAACAAACGUUAUACAUUUUAUAUGCUCGAAAUAAUGCAAUAAAACAUAUUUGUUUGUAUGAAAAUCAGGGAUAUGUUUUUACAUGUGUUUUAAAUCAGUUUGCUAGUAAGUUUUCCAGUUCCCCUUCUUCCAAAUGAUUAUUACUGUAAUUUUCUUGAGAGAGAGAUUUAUACUUUUUUAGAAUUUUUUUAUUUGUCAUUUUAUAUGCUAUUGAUCUAAUGAUUUUGUACAUUUUUAUAAUUAAAUUUUUUGAUGAUGUGUAAUGUUCACUGUAAAGUAAUUUUGUAUCUGAUAAGACCAAACGCUUUUACACCACAGAUGGUAUAUAAAUUUUUUCUGAAAUUUGUUGUAGAUGUUCUGAAAUUCUUUUAAAGUUUUGAAAAUAAUCAGUUGUGCAGCUUAUUAUUUAUAAUAUUCACACUUUAAUUUUAAAUGAGCUUUUUUGUUAAUGCAGUUUUAUCUUGUAAAUGAAUAAAAUUUUCAGAAUUGUUGUCCUUCUGAAUUGUUUUGUAGCAUGUGUAUAACAUCACUAUUUUGUAUUUUCAAAAAUAUUGCUGACAAUAUUUUUUUUUUUUCAAAAGUAUUUUUGUUUUUAUAUGCAAAAAACAAAGCUAAAUUUAUUUAUUAAGAUUAAAACAGUUACUUGUAACAAUUGCUUUAACAGGAUUGUGUUUUGGCUGGUAGGAUGGGAGAACUUUUUGGCUAAAUUAAAAUUUUAGGCAUAUUUGUUUAUAGUUAAAAAAACAAUUACAGUUUUGUAACAUCAUAAUCAUUAGCUACAUAAGCUGUUUUUGUUGUACUGCUUCCAGGCCCAUUUUGAAAAAACACUGAAGGGGGGUAUUUAUUUCAUAAUUUUAUAGCUAGAGUCAACUUAGUGCAUUCAACUGAAAGUUAUAUAUAUAUAUGAAUUUAUGACUGAUUACAUUAUUGUUUCUAAAAGGUUUUUGUUGAUUUCAGUUUUCUGAAAUAAUUUCCUAAACUUGUUAUAUUUUUUAAAAUAAGAAUAUUGAAUGGAUUACAAUUUUUUAAUGUUUUAAACUGUAUAUAGUAUCAGAAAAUUUGGUAUUUAUUUUUUUCCCUUUCCUUUCUAAUAAGCAUAUAACUCUUGUUAAAUCACAUUUGAACUUUGAAAUGUUUGAAGUUUAAUGCAUGUGUUAAGCAAAUACUGUUCAGUGCAUUAUUACUUUGCCUGACAUUGCUUUUUAAAUAUUACUUAAUAAACUUUAUAAAAGUGCUCAAAAAUUUAUUAUUGUGCCUUAAUUUCUUUUCAAAAAUCAUUGGGGAAAACUGAAAUUUUUGCUAAAAUAUUUAAAAUUAUUGAAAUUUUUAUGGCUGUUUGUUGUAUGAAUUGUAUGUUAUGAAGAGUAUGGCAUUUCAAUGCACUUUGUUAGCAGUAGAAAUCCAAAUGUCUGUGUUCAUCUUUUCACAGUGUGUGUUAUCUUAUGAAAGUGAAUGAUUGCUGUGUCUUGCUGUAAUGAUUUUAUAUUUUAUAUGUGUGUCUUGCUGUAAAUUCUGACAUUUUGCUAAGAGUUGAAUGUUAAGUGAAUUUAUGAAUACGGUUUAAUUGAUUAAUGUAUGAUGCAUCUGAUAUUUAUGCAAAUGCACAAAAUGUACAGUUGUAUGUUUUUAUAGGUUGCUUAAAUGAAAAAUCAUAAAAUAAAAAAUGUUUCUCUUAA